CGCGGGGCGGGGCUGCAGCGGUGCCGGGGAAGCGGCGCGACGGAAGCGAGGGCAGUAGGUCGCGGCGGGACUGGGCGCUGGCGGCGUCGCGGGAUGAGCGAGCCCCCUCGGGGGAGCGGCGUAGCGCACUGGCCGGAGCCGAAGCCGGAGCCGGAGCUGCGCGUGCCGCCCGGAGGGUUCCAGCCUGCCUGGAGACACUCCAUGCUGUUCCAUCGUAUGCAGACGCUAGGCAGAGACUGGGUUGCCCACUGUGGUGUAUCUCAAAGAUUUUGCUGGAACAGUCAAAUUUCCAGUUGUAGGAGGUGGAUUGGACACUGUACUUGGGCUCCUUAUCCGUUUCUCGGUACAGGGCACUUCUCUGCAAAUUGGAGUCUGCCUCCAUUUUUUGAGCCUUGGAGACCGCACCACAACUGGCGCUGGCAACCCAGUAACUUCACACAGAGCUCUCUGCUUCAUAUUUCUCAUCCCAACAUGAAAUCUGAGGGGGAUGAACCUUGUUCAAAAAGGAGAAGACAUAGUGGUGAGAGUUUUUCAAGUCCUGACGAAGAAACAAGCAUCUCUAAACAAAAUGAAGUUACAGGGCAUGUUACAGCACCUGAAACUGAAGGGAGUCUUUCAAAGGAGAAAGGAAUGAUCAAGAGACACUGGGAGUAUUUCUGUCACCAUAAAAAAAAGAAGAUCCUUGAAGAUAAGGAAAUUGACCAAAACAAUAUAGAAAAUGAGUUUGAUUUUACAGUGAUGUCCUACAAUAUCCUUUCACAGAAUUUAUUAGAUGAUAACUCCCACCUGUAUAAACACUGCAGAUGGCCAGUAUUAAUCUGGGGUUAUAGAUUUCCCAACAUUCUACAGGAAAUCAAAGAACUGGAUGCGGAUGUACUUUGUUUACAAGAAGUUCAAGAAGACCAUUAUAGAACACAAAUCAAGUCAAGUUUGGAAUCCUUGGGGUAUCAUUGUGAAUAUAAAAUGAGGACAGGAAGGAAACCAGAUGGCUGUGCUAUUUGCUUCAAAAUGUCCAAAUUUGAUCUGGUCUCCUCAAACCCAGUAGAGUUUUUCCGCCACGAUAUUCCGCUCUUGGACAGAGACAAUGUUGGACUAGUUUUGCUUUUGCAGCCCAAAUUUCACUGUAAAGCUACUGCUGCAGUCUGUGUAGCCAAUACGCAUCUGCUGUAUAAUCCAAGACGAGGGGAUAUUAAACUGACCCAACUGGCAAUGCUGCUGGCAGAGAUUGCCAGUGUUGCCCAUCAGAAAGAUGGAAGCUUCUGUCCCAUUAUCAUCUGUGGUGACUUCAACUCAGUUCCUGGUUCUCCACUGUACAGUUUUAUAAAGGAAGGAAAGUUGAAUUACGAAGGACUUGCUAUAGGAAAGGUGUCUGGACAAGAACAGUUUCCUAGGGGACAAAGAAUCUUAUCUAUUCCAAUUUGGCCUCAGAGGCUGGGCAUUUCUCAGAACUGUGUGUAUGAAACACGACAACAGCAAAGAGAAGAACAUUCAGGAGGAGAGAUGAAAGAAGCACAAUUGGAGAACUCUCAGGAGAUUGUGAUAGCAGCUGAAAAGUUAUCUUCAAAAUUACAGCACCAUUUUAAGUUAUCUUCAGUCUAUUCUCAUUACCUACCUGAGAGUGGACUUCCAGAAGUAACAACCUGUCACUCCCGAAGUGCUGUCACUGUGGAUUACAUUUUCUAUUCUGCUGCGAAGGAUGAUAUUGCUGCCCCGCCAGGAACAGAAGAGUCUUUUGAUGGCAGCCUGAAGCUUCUCGGUAGAUUAUCACUUCUAACGGCGCAAGAUUUAUGGACUGUUAAUGGUCUUCCUAAUGAAAAUAACUCUUCUGAUCAUCUGCCCUUACUAGCAAAGUUCAGGCUCAUUGAACAGUGAAACAAAGUAUUUUUAUAUAUGAACUUACCUUUUCCUCCACCUUCCUGAAAUAUUUUUAAAUUUGUGGACUGGAAGCCCGUUUACAUUUUAUUUUGCCUGCAUGCUGAGUUCUUAGUGUUUUGUAAAUUAGAAUUUUUAAAGAGACUUUUGAAAAGUGGUUUAAAUUUACUUUAUGAAGACUUUUUAAGACAAAGAAAUAAGUUUACAUAGCUUUCUCCUUUUGAUAAAGACAGACAUCAGCACCAGCCUGAAAAUGGCAUUAUUUUUCACAGAAAUGAUGUAAAUAUUUUUAUUGUAUAUUAUAGUAAAAUUGAUGCUGCUUUGUACAAACAUUGUACUUUGUUUGGGAGUGUAACUAUUUUCAUAAUCAGAUGAAAGUAGCUUUGGAGGUGCUUUCACACUGCUUCUGUUGUCUCUCCCAAAUUAUCUACCUUUUGGGUUCAAUUUCAGGAGUCCCUCAGCACAGUUUAGUAAAGUGGUUGCAGGACUGGGUCCUUAUUAGGAAAGUUGUCCUUGCAGUAUGGCAAUUAAUUGUGUUCUAAAAAAGUAAUUGCACAGUGUUUAAACUUGCAAGAGUCCACUAGACUUUAUCAGUAUUCAAAGCUUUAAAACCAUCCAAAAUAAAAGCAAAUAUCUAACAUGACAUGUAAGUACAGGACAAUAUAGUUGGGAAAGACUAAAUUCACUUUCUCUUUAAAAGCUGUUUAAAAAUCAAAAAAAAUUAUCAGAAUGCUUGACUUACUGUGAUUUCCUGAAUGUUUGCCAAAUACAUGAGAGGCUAUUUUUCACUUGCUCUUCAUUUAAAAUAAUGUAUCAAUACUGCAACUUCAGCAUAUUCAGCAUUAAAAGAUUCCCUUGUGUUUUCAA